CGCAACCCAAGUGUCCGAUUCGCUUACUCUCAUCUACCCCUUGGCAGAUUUAGUCAAGUUUCUAAGCUUUCAAAAUAUCGCGCUUUGACUUUCCAGGGCAUCCAAUCAGAUCGCGCCAUACAUACACUUUCGGUUUGAGUAAUGGCGACCUCCAUGUCUAGCCCGUGUUGUCGCCUUUGCCAUGGAAUUUUGCCCAAAAAACAAAGACGAACGAUCUUUGGAGAAAGUUUUGGCGUGUAUGAUCAACUGCUAGAAAUAAUAGAUCAGAUUCCUCACCCAAAUGACGAAAAAGGGAAUUACAUCUGCGGUAUGUGUUGGAAUAAACUAAACAGAUUGGGUAAAAUCGAAUACGACAUAAAAACAAAGUUAGAAAAGUUAAAAUCUGAAAGGCAUGACUUGAUACGCGAUUUACGCUUGAAGCACAAGGGCGAUAUAAGCGUACAGCAAGUAUGUACACCUAAAUCCAAAAAACAUUUAAUUGUUCACUCGCCAACACCGAGGAAAGUAAAACAGCUGUUCACUGAAUCCAAGUCCACUCAGCUGACGGAUACUCCAACAUCAUCAUCGAAUCCUGUGACCGACGACAAAGACAGGAAGAAAGUGAACAUUCAGCUUUUCUCUCCCAGUAAAAUCAAGGUUGUAUACAGAGGUCCAAAAGAAAAGCUGAAAUCCAAAGUUAUCCCUGCUGGAGAUUCACAGAACAUCAUUAGAUGUAUUUCAAGGGGUGAAUCCCACCAGAAAACAUCCAAAGUAAUCUACAAUUCCACUUCACAAGACAAUAUCCAUAACUGUGUGAUCAAAGAUCUCAGAAAGGAACUGAACAAGCUUUCAUCUACCAAGACUAUGUCAUGUCUUAGAAAGACAUCAAGUGACAAGGUAGCCACGAUUAACUUCGAGUCAUGGGAUUUGGAGCUACAGUUACAUUCCCCAUUAUUGUAUAAGAUAAUAUCUGGUUUCUUCAAUCCCCAUAAUCAUGUUGCAGUGGCAGUGAUCGCUGCUGUUAUCCAAAAGAAUCGAGUUAUGCACAUGUCUGCCUUUCAUCAUGCAGUAACUCAAGUUUUGGAUAAUGGUGGAGCAACGGAUGAGUGCAUAAAUCUUCUCAACAAGUUGGGUCUUUGUUUGCCACCAUCUGCUGCGUCAAAGAAGAAGUCUGAUUUGAUAGCAAGGCAAACUGACCACAUACAACGACUGCCAAAAAUAAACUGAAAUCCCCCUUCCUGUAACACAUCAUCGUCGUCUGGGUCCUUUCCAAUAUAUGUACAGGGUUUGACAUUUACUUUUUUGAGCACUAGACCAGUGGGCUACUUCAAAUGCAUUUUACUAGACCUGACCUAACAUCCACUAGCCCUGACCAACUGUACAGAAAAAAGUGAUAGUUUCUCCAUAUUUAAUUACUUACUUCUAAUGACAAACGUUAAGUUUGAACUAAUCCUUAUUUGAUUGUCUCAAAAACAUCAGUCUCGUCAAUCAAUUUGAUAUGCUUUAAUUUUCAAACACAUUUUCUGUUUCGUUAAAUUCUACUCGGCACGGGAAUUCUUUAGUCCAUUUAGAAUAAAAUGAUCUCAACCGGGUUUUUUUUUUAAAUUUCUAUUUCAUAAGCCCUGCUUUGUUUCUUCCCAACCUUUUCCUUUUCUUUCUUGGGACAUCUUUCCUUGAGGACGAGACGUCGUAUUUGAAUAUAGAGACAUUCCCGCACAUAUGUCAACACCGAAAAAUGGCUCUUUACGACGUAAUUUAUUAAUUUGAUAAACACUUUCUUAUAUUUAAUUCAAAUAAACGUUUUUUUUUAAAAUGAAUUCAAUUUAUAUCUAUUUAUCCGAAACAUAACUUUACACCCAUCAUCGAGCAGAUGUCGUAAAACAUCACUUCCGAUCGUGACUUAUGUAUUAGAAAUAGAAAUAAAGAUUAUGUCAUCACGCAGUUCAAAAUUGCUCACAAACUCUUUACAAUCUUAUUGUUUUAAAGUUUCUUGUUUAUUUUUUCAACACGACCAGUCGGACUAGUAAAUCGACAUUUUACCCGACCGGACCCAUCAUUCAGUAGACUCGGUCGGUCGGACGUGCCUUAGUGUCAAACCCUGAAUGUACAAGUGAAACCUAGCUUGCAGAGUCUUUCCGUUUGUUCUUUCAUUAUGGAAACAAGGGCUGUCACAACUAUGACACAAGGCCAAAUUAUUACGGCGAGCAAUAUUUCCAUUUGUUAAUAAAUUAUAUUGUUGCACAUUAGCAUCCACCGACAUAGAAAAAAUAUCUUCUUCCACAUAAGUCACGCUCAUGAUGUGUUUUUGUUGAGUGUCGAUGCUACAGCUUUCGUUUUUAUAAGUCACACUUACGAGGUGUGUUUGAUGAGUGUCAAUCACGAGGGUUCUUUGUCAAAGGUUCGGGGGCCUAUCGAAAGUGGCAUUAAAAUAUGAUAAAAUGGGUUUUUCUCUAUCGAUCUAACUAUCAUUGGGGUUUCUACUGCCUCACAGACGUGAGAAAUGAAUCAUUAAAGAGGUCGAGAAGAAACAUCGAGCCUCGACUCGAACUCUUUGACCUCUGUUUCUUUGAAAAGUAUGCGACCUAGCACAAUAAAAUUAAGUUUAAUCAAUUCCGCGUCUCGGAAUCGAUCAGAUAGAAUCUCCAAUUCAGAGAAAGUGAAUGUGUAGAAAAAGAAAAUGAGAAAAAACUAAAAACUCUCUUCUCGAAAGCACAAAUUCAGCAUUUCUCGGUCGCCAUCUUGCCUUCGUCUCCGAAGCGCAGGAUGUUUUCGAGGAGGUCCGCGCUCUCUCGUUAUAUACCGGCGCUCUCGCCAGUUCGCUUCACUGGUAAUCCAGCAAGGUUUAAGAAGAUUUUAAGAAGUUUGAAGAAGAUGAGCUAUUCCCGCCUAGCGAGAAUUCCGCUGCGCCCCAUGCCUGGGCUGAGGACCCCCAUGACCCCGCCCAUUACUAACAACAACGUGGUCCCACCAGAGGACUGGGAGGCGGAGGUUGAGUUGGACCAGCGGCCCCCGGGGACCACCAUGCCGGUAAUGAGGACCCCCAUGACCCCGCCCAUUACUAACCACAACGUGGUGCCUGAACACCUCCGGGAGGACUGGGAGGCGGAGCUCCGUCUAGUGGAGCGGCCCCCGGGUAGAAUUGUUUUCAGACCAGAUGGGGAGUACGAGUGGCACUUCUUCCACGAAGGAGUGCCAGACGCCCCUAAGCAGCCCCUCAAGAAGAGGCACCGCCAGAACAAGCCCGCCACCCAGUAAGAGGGGUAAACAACCUCAUAGACAGUGUGGGGGACUUUGAUAGUCCCCCCGGCCCUUUUAAGGGCCACCCACAUCUUUUGAAAAGAUGCUGUAUAUCACAAUGCUUGAGAAACGUACAAAAACUAAGUGGUGGUGAGUGGUGUAUCAGUGGUGUUAAUGGAAUUGUGAGUGGUAGUAUGGUGUUGUUAAUGGAAAUGUGCGUAAAAUGCAUCUAAUGCAGGAUACUCUUUUUUUUCUUCCAUUUUCAAGAGUAUGCUAGAAAUAAUCAGAUGCGGAAAGGGGGGUUUCUUUAUGUGUCAGAAGUGUGUCCUAACUCUUCCUUUGGUAAAAGGAAUAUAAAUAUAUAUACACUUUAUACACCACCAUACACCGUAUAUCGUUACCCCUUUACACGCUGCUCGCAAUAAUUAUGUAGAAUUAGAUUUUCUUACAUAACGUAGUGAUGAUCGGGAGAAAAUAGAGGGGCGAUUUCAAGGUCACAAUAUAUAUUAUGACCUUCGCGCAAAUAUAAAAAUGUUGAGUGAUUUGAUGCGAAAUUGAAAUAAUAUAUUAUUUGACAAGAAAAAUGUUCACGUAUACAGCUUAUGUAUAGGUUAGACGGCAACUUUACUUGAUAACGUCUAUCAAUAUAACGACAACAUAUAGACAUGAAUUGUAAGAUGUACGUCGUGACGUACUUUUUCGUUGUGAUCUCAUAAGGUGCGAAGUGCACAGAUAUCAUAGUUGUUUUUAUAUACUAUAAAACUGUUCUGCUAUAGCCAUAAUAGUGUUGAUGUCCAAAGUACUUUUAGAGUAAAAAUGAAUUAUUUUUAAAUAUAUAGCGUAAAACUAUAUGCGAUCCGGGUUAGAAUAGGUCCUCAGUACCCCUUGCUUGUCGUCAGAGGCGUCUAAAUAUGGGGUGUUCUUUCGGAUGAGAUCGCAAAAACCGAGGUUCCGUGUCACACCAGCUGUGGGACGAUAAAGAUCCCUCCCUGCUCAAAGGCCGUAAGCGCCGAGCAUAGGCCUAGAUUUUGCAGUCCUUCACGGGCAGUAAUGACGUCGCCUUAUGAGUGAAUCAUUCCCGAGUAAAAAAUCAACAACAACAAAAUCAAUCACAUAAGAUUCAAUACAAAGGCCUAAUGCAGAAAGAUCUGACUCAAACCACACAAUAUAGUGAACAUAUCCAUAAACUCUGUGCAUGUUAACCGAAUUCCGUAGCUGAGCUCAUUGUUUACAAAAUACCCGCGUUUCCGCGAAAUGAAAACGAAACCUGGCAUGUUCUAAUUUUCAAUCUUCUAAACGUUACUGGGUCACCAGUGAAGCGAACUGGCGAGAGCGUCGUUAUAUAACGAGAGAGAGCGGACCUCCUUGAAAACAUCCCUCGGAAUAUCUGAGCUCAUUGUUUACAAAAUAUCCGCGUUUCCGAGAAAUGAAACCUGACGCCUAUCUAUUUUCUGUCAGCUGUUAGACGAGGUCCGUAAAUUAUGUGUAAAUUGUUCAUUUGAUAAAUGUGUUUGUGUAAACUUUUAAUUGUUCAUUGAAUAAAUGUGUAAACUUU